CAAAAUGGCGGCAAUAAUUACCAAGCAUGUGCAUAAAAUUUCAAAUUUCACAAGAUUUAGACCUUGCUACAAAACAUUGUUUAGGCGAUCGUCUUCUUGUAUAGAUCCAUCUAUUGGUUUGCGAGAAGAACAACAUGAGUUUCAGAAAGUUGCAUUGUCAUUUGCUAGCAAUGAAAUGGCACCAUAUAUGAAGGACUGGGAUUUACAGGAAUAUUUUCCAAAGGAUGUUUUAAAGAAAGCGGCUGCAUUGGGGUUUGCAGCAAUAUACUGUAGUGAAGAGUUUGGAGGUAGCCAUUUGUCAAGGUUGGAUGCAUCAGUUAUUUUUGAGGCUCUUUCUACUGGAUGUGUCAGCACGUCAGCUUACCUUAGUAUACACAAUAUGGUAGCUUGGAUGAUUGACAAAUUUGGUUCCAAAGAACAAAGAAGGAAGUACAUUCCAGAUCUUUCAAGUAUGGAGAAAUUUGCAUCCUACUGCUUAACAGAACCAGGUAGUGGUAGUGAUGCCGCAUCAUUAUCAACAAAAGCUAAACGUGAUGGAGACUUUUAYGUGUUAAAUGGUUCUAAGGCAUUUAUAAGUGGAGGUGGCGAGAGUGACAUCUAUCUGUGCAUGGUGCGCACUGGUGGAGAAGGAUCAAAAGGUAUUUCAUGUGUUGUUGUUGAGAAAGGGACAGAGGGUCUCUCCUUUGGCAAAAAAGAACAAAAGCUUGGAUGGAAUUCUCAGCCAACUCGUCAAGUUAUUUUUGAAGACUGUAGAAUUCCUAAGGAAAACCUGAUAGGCCAAGAAGGAGAUGGUUUUAAGAUAGCGAUGAAAGGUCUUAAUGGAGGACGAAUCAAUAUAGCAUCUUGUUCACUGGGAGCAGCACAAGCAGCCAUUGAACAAACAAUACAACAUGUUAAUGACAGGAAACARUUUAGAAAGCCUCUUUCAAGUUUUCAGAAUGUGCAAUUCAAAAUAGCAGAAWUGGCAACUGAUUUAACAGCAUCCCGUCUUAUGGUGAGGCAUGCUGCAGUAAAUUUGGAUGAACAAUCACCUAAUGCUGCAUCUGUGUGUGCUAUGGCCAAGUUGUUUGCUACAGACCAUUGUUUCCAGAUUACAAAUGACUGCCUUCAAUUGUAUGGUGGCUAUGGCUACCUUAAGGAUUAUGCUGUCCAGCAAUACUUACGAGAUACAAGAGUUCAUCAGAUAUUGGAAGGGACAAAUGAAAUAAUGAGAGUACUAGUGUCGCGUGAUGUCCUAGGUCAUUAACACGAACACUUGGUGACAGAAACAAGCAGAUAUCACCAUAACACAUAAAAUAGAUAACUUUCAACAGUGACCCAUUAGUGUCAUUAGUCAAGUUAUUAUAAACCACAUGCAGAUCAACUGAGAAUACUUUACCUUUACUUUGGGCAAGCUCUUCAAUUUCUCCUAAAAUAUUAGAAAUAAUAGUAAAAUGUCUAAAAUCAAUAUAGAAUUCUUUUGGGCAUGAGCAGCUGAGCUCCAAAUCCCACAUGCAAGGACCAGUGAAUUGGAAAGUGGUGAUAGACUGCUCCAUUCUCUGCCAUAUUGAAGAUCUGUGAAGGACUGAGUUAAGAUAUUUAAAUGUGAGUCCUCUUCUAGUGUCGAGGCAGUGUUUUCAGUCUGAUUAAUCUUCAAUGGAUUAAGUUAUUUUAUUAAUGAGUUUGGUAAAAUUAUUUAUUAAGUUAUUCAGAAUGGCGGACAAAAUUUUACAGAUGAUAUAUUUUAACGUAUUCUAGUGAUUGUACAUAACACCUUGUGAAAUAUAAAUAAACUCCUGGUGAGAAAAAUCUACUGA